AGUUGGCUUCUUCACGUACAACCCGGGAGUAGGAGAUUCAGAAUCGAAUCUCUUCUCUCUUCCCCCUUCGGGUUACAAAUCACUUGAAAUAUAUAAGUUAGUAGAACUUUGCUUGAGUGAGGUUUUUUUGAUCAUCAGCUACAUUUUUUUGGCUUUGUGAGGAACCUUAUCAUCAAAGACAAUGGCCAGCAAUGUUACCAACAAGACAGAUCCUCGCUCCAUGAACUCCCAUGUAUUCAUUGGAAAUCUCAAUACUCUUGUGGUCAAGAAAUCUGAUGUGGAGGCAAUCUUCUCAAAAUAUGGCAAAAUUGUGGGUUGCUCUGUUCAUAAGGGCUUUGCCUUUGUUCAGUAUGUUAAUGAGAGAAAUGCCCGGGCUGCUGUGGCAGGAGAGGAUGGCAGAAUGAUUGCUGGCCAGGUUUUAGAUAUUAGUCUGGCUGCAGAGCCAAAAGCGAACCGAGGAAAAGCAGGUGUGAAACGAUCUGCAGCGGAGAUGUACGGCUCCUCUUGUGCCUUGGACUAUGACUUUCAACGGGAUUCUUAUGACAGGAUGUACAGUUCCCCAGCAUGUGUUCCUCCUCCUCCUCCUAUUGCUCGGGCUGCAGGGCCCUCCAAAUGCCAGCGUGUCUCAGGAAACACCUCACGGCGGGGCAAAAGUGGUUUCAAGUCUAAGAGUGGACAGCGAGGCUCUUCUUCCAAGCCUGGAAAGUUGAAAGGAGAUGACCUUCAGACUAUUAAGAAGGAAUUGACCCACGGAAAACAAAAAGUGGAUUCUCUACUGGAAAGCCUGGAAAAAAUUGAAAAGGAACAGAGCAAACAAGGAGUAGAGCUGAAGAAUGACAAGUCAGAAGAGGAGCAGAGCAGCAGCUCCCUGAAGAAAGAUGAGCCUAAUGUGAAGAUGGAGGCUGAGGGGGGUGCAGAUGACUCUGCUGAGGAGGGGGACCUGCUGCGUGAUGAUGACAAUGAAGAUCGGGGGGAUGACCAGCUGGAGUUGAUCAACGAUGAUGAAAAAGAGGCUGAGGAAGGAGAGGAUGGCAGAGACAGCGCCGAUGGCGAGGAUGACUCUUAA